AUGGCUCCUCCCGUUGCGACCGAGACCUCCACGUACGAUGAUACUCCCUCUUCUGUGCUUCUACAGAAAUCGGAGACCCAGAUGAACGGCGGCAGCAAGACCAACGGUGCAACAGACUAUGACUCUGAGGUCGACGAGAACUGGGAGGGAAAGUACCGCUUCGCGCCCAUCCAGGAAGCACAAGUCUCUCGUGCCAUGAUCAAGAGAUACUUCAACCAAAUGUAUGAGCGCGCCGUGUCGGACGUCGUAGUCGUCGGGGCGGGCAGCGCUGGUCUUUCCUGCGCAUAUCACCUUGGAAAGACUCGGCCAGACUUGAAGAUUACUAUCCUUGAGGCCAACGUCGCACCCGGUGGUGGGGCUUGGCUUGGUGGUCAGCUCAUGACUCCCAUGGUUGUCCGCAAGCCUGCCGACCGCUUCCUUACGGAGCUCGGUGUCCCCUUCGAAGACGAAGGCUCCUUCGUCGUCGUCCGCCACGCCGCCCUCUUCACCUCUACCAUCCUCUCUCGCGUCCUCAUGAUGCCCAACGUCGUCCUCAUGAACGCCACCGCCGUCGAAGACCUCAUCAUCCGCGAAGACCACACUUCUUCCCCUCGUGUUUCCGGCGUCGUCACCAACUGGACUUUGGUGGCUCUCAACCACGACACCCAGAGCUGCAUGGACCCUAACACGAUCACGGCUCCGGUGAUCGUGACGGCGACGGGUCAUGAUGGGCCUAUGGGUGCGUUUUCGGCGAAGCGGUUGGUUACGACGGGAUUGUUGAAGGAGUUGGGGAAUAUGAGAGGGCUGGAUAUGAAUAAGGCGGAGCCGGCGAUUGUGAAUGGGACGAGGGAGGUCGUCAGUGGACUCGUUAUGACCGGGAUGGAGCUGUCCGAGUUCGAUGGUAGCGCCAGGAUGGGUCCUACGUUCGGUGCGAUGAUGGCUAGUGGUGUCAAGGCCGCUAAGGAGGCCAUGCGCAUUUUUGACAGUCACAAGAUCGUUGAUGGAAGGGUCGUUGGAUGA